GUGCCCUCGCGGGAGGCCGGGUCAGCGGGCGGAAGCGGCUCGCACGCCAGGCAUCGCCAUGCCUGGGGACCACCGCCGCAUCCGAGGGCCCGAGGAGUCGCAGCCGCCGCAACUGUACGCGGCCAAUGAGGAGGAACCGCCCGCCGCCCGCGACCCGACGCGGUUGCGGCCAGUAUACGCGCGCGCCGGGCUGCUGAGCCAGGCCAAGGGCUCGGCCUACCUGGAGGCGGGAGGCACCAAGGUACUGUGCGCCGUGUCCGGUCCGCGUCAGGCCGAGGGCGGCGACCGCGGCGGCGGCCCAGCCGGGGACCCCACGCGACUCGAGGAGGAGCACGCCGCCGCCGGCCUCACCGUGGCGCUCAUGCCCGUGCUCAACCAGGUGGCCGGGCUGCUGGGCAGCGGGGAGGGCGGCCCGACCGAGAGCUGGGCCGAGGCCGUGCGGCUGGGCCUCGAGGGCUGCCAGCGCCUCUACCCCGUGCUGCAGCAGUGCUUGGUGCGGGCUGCCCGGCGGAGGAGCGCCGCCGCGCCGUCGUGACCCGGAAGCCGGAGCCGUCAGCUUCCAGACUGCGCCGAGCUGAGAACUCGGAGGGCCAGAGAGGAUCCGAGGAGGCGUGCACAGAACUGAUGCACUGGACAGCUGUGUUGGAACUAUUUCAUUAAAGAAACUUUUCUACUUGAGCCGGUGCUUCCCAGCCGCGACCCAUUUGAGGACACUCGGGACUGCGGCCUGACUCCCACCUUGGAAAAGACUUCAGCUGGACUGGCCUGGAAGACGCGGCUUGGAGCUGUUGUUUUGUAAGGGAUGGACCCUAUGCAGGCCAACUAGUGACCCCUUUUAUAGAAUUGGACUGCUUUUGAGAACGUGGACGAGCGGGCUGCGCCUUCCCAGCUAAAACAAAUUCCUUUAUAUCUGAAAAA